AUGAAAGAACCCGGCAACAACCUUCGACACGUCAUUGACAUGAUGGUCGCAUACAUCGAAACUGGGAAUCCUAUCAUCUGGUCACCUUUAGGUUCCCUGUGGAUCUGGCUCAAGCCAAGAGGCCUCGACAGAAUUCUGGCAUUUGUGACCCCGGCCAAAAUCAAGGCUUGGGAUGCUUUUGUGGCGAAUUGUCAAAAGGAACGCGCUCAAAAGCAGUAUGAGUCGAAACGUAUGGCACAUUCCGAGAUUCGCAAGGAUUUUUUCCACUGGCUAUUCGAGGCAAAAGACCCAGAUACGGGAGAAGGAUACACUCUUACAGAGCUGAAUGCCGAAUGCGAGGUCCUGACCGUUGCGGGAUCAGAUACCACCGCCACCGUUCUAUCCGCACUCUUCUUCUAUCUCUGUCGCAAUCCGCAUGUACAGGAACGGCUCGCGAAGGAGAUCGAACGCGCGUUCCCGAGCUACGACGACAUUAGAUCUGGAGCCGCGCUCCAAUCUUGCGCAUACCUCACUGCUGUUCUGCACGAAGCUUUGCGCAUGUCGACACCCAUUGCCGCGGAUCUGCAUCGCCAAGUUCUUGCUGGGGACUACUACCCUGAGCCCACAAAGUUUCUGCCCGAGCGCUGGAUUGUAGGCGAAGCAGGAUCAACCGAAGAAAGCGUCAAGUUGGCUGACAGCGCAGCUUGCCCCUUCUCAAUGGGUCCGAGAGGCUGUCCUGGUAAGAAUGUGGCCUGGCUAGAGAUGAGGCUGGUCCUGACGAAGGCGAUCUGGAAGUAUGAGAUUAUGCAGGAGCCAGACAACAAACUCGGAGGUGGUCGCGCUGACGGAGAAUGGGGUCGUCGAAACGAGGACCAGUACCAGACCUACGAUUCCUUCGUGUCAAACCGAAAAGGGCCCAUCGUACGAUUGAAAGAGCGAUUCCGUGACUAG